AAAGACCUCAAAGAGCUUUGGGCUUUUAGGCUUAUCGACUUCCUCUACUUCCCACUGAGGGUUCAAAUAUUAAAACCUGAUUUUAACUUUGCCAAAUCCUGUCAAAUUCUUGUUUCUCGCUCUGGGCAGGUGCAGUUAAGGCCUGUACGGUAUUUAUCUCCGAGCAAAUAACAUUCGUGCCUAGACAUUGUAGGACAUAAUCAGCCGCCGAUGAGUAGACAUUACAAUCCUCGGCAGUUAUAAAAAAAAUUUCUAAUCUUCGCCUGGUCGGUAGAUACGGCUUUAACCCAAAAGCAUGUCACGGAAUACCGUUAUUUAAAGACUGGCUUAACUCUUGUCGGCUUAGAAUUAUCCUGCCAGCUAAGCCACAAAUAGCGGUAUAAUCCCUUCAUCAACAUUAAGGGCAACGGUUCUGAUGGUUUCCAAAUCUUGGUCGCGUCCUAUAAAUACUGUGCUCCGCUCAAAGCUCUCUGUCUCGUGAAGAGGAAGGCAUCAUCGUCAGAUACUGACUACACUUUUGCACCACUAUGGAAUUUGCUUGGCCUCCGUUUUCCGUUCCAGCCUGUUUGGGCUGUCCUCAAUGUUUAAUGUCAAGACUCAUGGAAGGACCACCACGAAAGCAGCGUAGAGAACGAACAACUUUCACAAAGUCUCAAUUAGAAGUACUGGAUGAGCUGUUCGCUAAAACAAAAUAUCCAGACAUCUUCAUGAGGGAAGAGGUGGCCUUGAAAAUAAAUCUUCCUGAAAGCAGGGUGCAGGUUUGGUUCAAAAAUAAACGAGCAAAGUGUCGCCAGCAAAACAAGCAGUCUGCAGGAUCCCACACCAAACCAAGUACACUGAAGAGAAAAAUACCCUCACCACCCUUGCAAGAUCCAGCAAAGAGAAACACACCUCCGUCGCCACCAGAUCAAACAGCCAGAAAGUUGUCUCAUAAUACGGCGGUGGAAUCAUGGCCGAAACAAAGCAUGAAUGCAGUGGAGCAGAAUAUGCAAACUAUGUUAAAAAUUCAGAGGAGUGGACUAUAUCCGCCCUCAACUGCAGUCAAUGGUCACAGGGCUGCUUCAUCACAAACUGCGCUGCAGUCGCAGUUUUAUCCGAUCCACAAGCCAGAUUUUCCGCCGUACGUAAAAAACAUACAAAUGGCUAACUGGAUGGCCAUUAAUCAUACUGUACAACCUGGUUAUUUUGCACCUGCAAUGAUAUGAUUUGUAGCCCUUUAUUUCACAUAGAACAAAGUAAAAAAAAUAUUUAUUUACUUAAUUAUUGCAUGGGAACGACCGAACCCCAGUACUUACAACUGUCGAUUUAAAUUCAGUCUAACAUUUGGACGAUAAAUGUCAUUUAGCCCUACCUGCAAAAAAAGCCUGUGUGCAUGUUAUGUUGCUGAGUUGUUAUCCCAUUAAUGGUCUCGUUGCUAUUAAAGAAUAGUUACUAAUAUCUGUAUUCAUUCAUAAUGUGUCAUUACAUGGUUCGUACCUUGAAUUUAGGACUAUGGACUGGAUUAAAGAUUAUUUUGGGUGUAAAAAUGCAAUAUGUUGAAUUCUUCACGAGAGUAAAAAAAUAUUCAUGAGAAUAACGCGAUGAUAAAGGUUUAAAGUUCUCUUUUUAAUGGAGUUGUGUGUUUCUAGGACUGAUAACAGAACAGCAGUUUUAGAGCUGAAAUGAUUGAAAACCAAACACUCCCUACUGAUUUUCCUUGACCAUUUGAAAUUAAAUACCCUACGUACCCAAACAUGACAAGUGGUAAGAGAGAGAUCGCAUGCAUAAUUCUUUAUUGUAUAUUUGCACAGAAUAAUCACCACAUACUCACAAACUGUAUAAUUGUACAAUUAAAAAAUGAGACAAGAUAUAGUGUAUUUCCCGAGUUCUGAUUAGUUGAAAAGGCACAGAAUCUGAACCAUAAGUACUGAAAUAAAGAUAAGUACUGAUAUAAAGAAAGCA